CAUGCACAUAUAAAAAGAACAGCCUGCACUCUGGGAUGGUGCAUGUCCAUGCAUGAAUGUCAGGAUAUCAUCUUAAAACUAUUCACGUAAAGGUCUUUCAAUCAAAAGAAGAAAAAAAACUGCACUUGUGAUUUUGUGUUUUUGCCACGUACGCAUGGACAUUCAUUCCACACGCGGCACUUUCCUUCUAACUCCCGGGUGUUUUGGACAUGAACUGACAAAUUUUUAAGUGCACUCAACAACCCCCUCAGGCGGGGGGAGGGGGGGCCUUUUGCAUUGGAGCUCACUGGUGACUGAAAGCUCCAUUGUCAUGCUGGGACCUGAAGACACUGGCACACACACACCUCCACUGCCUGCGCUGACUUCCCUGCUGUUUCUCAUUUGUUGCAGGUCAAAGGGAUUUAUCUGUGCAAGCUGCGAACCCCGCAACACAGUCAACAUGUAUAAGACAACCAAUGAUGAUAUUUUUGCUUAUGCGCUGUCUAAGACCCUGACAAAAGUUCCAUCACCUGCAACUGUUGGACUCUACUCCACCUGCCAGAAUCGAAUUAGUAUGAUCCUCGGACAAAUGGCGGUGUACAUGAAGCAGGAAGCUUUGAAGAUUGAGCAAAAAUACGAAGGAAGCUACAAACCUCGCUCAGUUACGCCUUCAUUAUGUGGAUGUCUAGCUCUCAUUGGUCGGAUGCUCUUCUACAGGCCCAUUUGGACAGAGGAGAACCAGCAGCUCCAUAACAUCCGGUUCAUUAAUGUACAUUUUAGUCCCUGGCAUUUUGCAAGCAGUGACCUGCUUUGGGCCGGGCUAGCCAUGCGGCUGUUUCAGAGCAUGCAGAUGAACUUUGGGAAAUUUAAUAUUGUGCUCUACCGUGUGGUUCAACAUGACGAAGAAGAAGAAGUCAAGAAGAAGAGAGUGGAGGACAGUCGAAACCAUUGGAAGUCCAAAAAAGUUUGCUGCUGCCCUCUGUGGUUUCUCUGCCUGUCCAUUAUUGUGGUACCACUUAUCAUCCUGAUAAUAUUUUUGACCGUUGGCCUUCCCGAGCCUGAGCUGCAACUUGGAGCACCGGUGAACGGAACAAGCACCCAGAUGGGUGUGAUGGAUGGCGUGAUAAUUGCUGCCAUAGGAGUCCCCGCCGCAAGCGCAGUGAGGUUUAUCUUUCAGAUGUGUAAAAACCUCAUCUUCAGCCUGGAUCUGAACAUCAGGAAGGGGAUGGACAAUGACCGCCUCAGCAUCCAGCUGGGCUUCAUGAAUGAAGUGAGGAAGGAGAUGUGGUUUCUGUCUCAAUUCAUCCAGUUCAUGGAGGUGUUUGAGAGGAGGAGAAUCCGUGUGGUACUGAAGAUCACCAAUCUGGACCGCUGCUCCCCCAAGAAAAUUGUCGCAGUUCUGGAUGCGAUCAACAUUCUGCUUUCAGACGAGGAGAGUCCUUAUAUUUCCAUCCUGGCCGUCGACCCAGAUGUUAUUGUGCAGAAAGUGAACUUUGCGGAUGGCUGCUACACCAAAGAAGACAGAGGGUAUGCGUUGUUGAACCGCAUCGUGACGCUGGCCUUCACCGUCCCACCACUGUGCGAUGAUUCAAAGCGCCGGUUAUUUGACAGCCUCACGAGGGAUAUUAAAAAAAACGAGUGUGUAAUCGCGGGCGAAGAAAAACUUAGAGUUGGGAGCCUCGAAGAGACCCAUUGCUACGUAUUUGACACAAACGAAUCAUAUCCACUGAUGGACAGAACUACAGCUGCACUGGAGGUAGAGGAGGAGGUAGAGAAGCUGAUCAGGAGCAUCCUGACCAGCAAUGAAAAGAAUCUAAACAAGUACAUGCUGGAGGAUGCCAUGUCCAUGAGGAGGGAGAUCAACUCCAUGCGACUGACUGUGAUCAUUAUGAAGGCCUUGAAGAAGGAGCUUCCUCAACCAGACUACAUCGCAGCAUGGGUGGUCUUGGCUAAUCAGUGGCCCUGCCGCCUCAGCUGGAUUAUCCAGUGUGUGGAAGACACUCAGCAGAGAGCAGUUAUUGAUCAGAACAAUGAGGCCGGCAUUGAUGAUUCACAGACCUUGUGGGAAGUCUUCAGUGAGUCCAGGGCUGAGCUGUACGUGAUGAGUGCACACAUUGAGGACCUCCUUCAGCAGGAUGGAGAUCCCGAGAUGUUUGAAAGAUUUCUCAAAAUGGAUUUCCCAUUCACGGUGAAGGACUUGAAAACAUUUGAAGUGGCGACGGUGAACCUGGAUCGUUCAAUUAGGAAGGAGCUGGCUCAGCUCAGAGGGACCGCCAGGCUGAACGAUACUGGUUGGAUGAGGGACCUUGCUCCUCUGCCAAUCACAACUAUCAUCAAUAUGGAUAAAGAGGAUGUGUGUAAAGAGUUGGAAAGAAUGAAAUAUCCCAGUAAGUAUAUUGAUAUUGUGAGAAGCAACGACCUCAAUGGCUUGGCACUGUUCUUUGGUGAUGCAGAUGACCUUAAAGUCAUCCUAGAUAUGACCAUAGGUGAAUGGGCCACUUUCAGACUGCACUUCCUGGGUUUAAAAUCACAUAUCCAACCACAAUACCAGAACAUGGCACAGGCACCUUCCCAUUCUCAGAACCAGUCGAGAUGUCGCCUCCAUGCUCCACAACAGUAGUCGUCUACUGUUGACAGCAUGUAAGAAUUCCAUCCAUUUCAAGUGUGAUAUACAUUAUGAUCUGCGUGGUUUAUCAACAUGUAUCAACAAUCUUUAGUCACAAGGCAGAAACUUGUUUGUGUGAAUUAUUUACUUUUGUUUUGUUUGCUACAGGAUUAAACUCUUGAUUCUGCGGAGAAUUUUUUAAUCUUAUAUAACUGUCAAAAGUCAAAACAUUGUCACGUGCAUGUUGGUUAAGUUAAGCGGGAUAAGCAAUGGCAGUUGUAGUGUAACCUAAAUGUCAACCUUAGUUGACUUGAUUUCACAUUUUUGUUUUUCAUUUUCCUAUAAAAGGUAUAUUUUUUCACAGCAGAUAUUUCAACCUGCAACUGUCAGAAAAGCACAUAUUUGAUGGCUGCAUAUCAUUGCUUCAGUUUCAGGGUCCCGGUAUUGUGCAUGUUGGUUCGCUGUCACACAGUAAUGGCUUCACUGUGACACUUAGAUCAAAUGGAGCCGUUGUUUAUGUCACUAAUAACACCUGUGCUUUGACAAGUCAGAAUGUCUGCUGGGAAAAAUAAUUGUUAUGCGUUAUUGCUGCAGCUCAUUUCUCUGUCAGUGUGUUAUGGAAGGUGGCAAACAGAAAAUGAUCCCAAAGAUUUUUUUUAAAAGCUGUGAAACAUGUUUCCAGAAUAAAACACACAGAACUAUUGUUUUUUUUACAUUGCCGUAAAAAUCAUUGUCAGGACUAUUGAAAUGUAUAAUUACAGAUCACAUGACCUCUUCGUUGGAAAUUAAGAGGCUCCAGUUUCCACGUUCUCUUCUUUUGCCUCUAUCACACUAAAGAGUAGCAUUAACUUGAAGGUGAUGUUUCUCAAAUGAAGUGUUUCGUCAACGACUCAAAGCUUUAGUUUAAUUGUAGCUGGAUUGUAGGUUUUACAUUCAUUUUGUUGUAGUUUUCUUAGUUUCUCUUUGGUUUGCAGUGUCACUUAAUUCUGGAAUUACUGAAUAUUUAUAAAGUGAUAUCAUAAUUGCAUGCUGUUUCUUAACAUUUAAUAAAGUCACAUUUUUACUGCA